AUGAUGAGAUUCAAUUCUCCAUAUGAUCUGUUCAUACGAAUUUCUAUGAUCUUGAACCUGUUUUCCGUGUUCUGUAACUGCAAGGAAAUCUGCAAACUGCCGGAGUGGAAGAACUUUAACAAAGUGAUUUUUAAGAAUGAUUCAUAUCAAUAUUCUCAUUAUUAUCAUUACUCACAAACAAUUAGUCUCAAUCAGCCUCAUCCAGAUGUGAGUGGCGGGUUCGAGAUAUUUGACGUGGAUAAUUAUAUUAAACCAGAAUUCCCGUUUAAUUAUUACGGCACUAAUGUCACUACAUUUCAAAUCUGGUCUCGUGGUGCUUUAUCUAUAUAUGAAAAUGAAGAGCCAAUUGGACAAAUCACAAAUGUUGUAGCAAAAUAUGUGUCAUAA